UGUGGUCUACGUCGCAGCGUGGGCGGUCUAGGUCGUAAGCAUGUGUAAUGAGUCCGUAGACUGUUGCCAGAUAGGCAAGUGGUGCACAUGUGUCGCACAGUCUAUCUACUAAGUCACGACACACUGUCUACGACGCAGAUGAGAAUUACAUGCGGAGUCAAUUGAAGCAUCAGUCAAAAAAGAGAUCAGAAAUAUAAUGGCGGAAUCUGCGGACGAGAUGCUCUAUGAGGCUAGUGAUAACCGGCCAUCCUAUACUUGCUGGAAACCGUCUCCCCUUUACUCCCUCGCACGUCACGGGAUGAAUUCAUAUUCUUCUUUCGAUCACGUAGUGAGAACUCUGCACUUUGAGGAUUAUAAAGAUAUAUGGAUGGACCAACAAAUGAUUCCAAAUGCCUUAACAGAAAGAACACACACACAUCUGACGAAAAAUCUACCUGGCUUGCCAUAUCUUCCAGGCUUGGAGGGCCUCUGGUAUGGUAUUGACGUCCCGGAUAAUGGGGAUAAUAACUGGUAUGGAAAUGUGAGUUUUAAGAUAAAUUUCAAGAGUUUCCUUCAGAUGCUACAGGAUUACAAGAUCUAUUUCGUCGAAGUUCUUGAAUAUAGAUCUAACAGUGCCUUGAGACUCCUGAUAACAACUCAAGACCUUCCCCUGGAGCGCUAUGACCCGCACAGGUUCGGAGGACCCUGGUACAGAGAUCCCAACAGUGGAGAAGAUUAUUUCCUUACCGACGCGCGCAGGUUAGACGGCAGAUAUAAUUAUUCUGUCAAUGUGGAACUGUUGUUUGUUAUAUCUGACGACCAGUGUGCUUCUCUGUUCAGGAUGUCGGACGUUGUACCAGUAAACCACUCUGAGGCCAACAGCACUUCGUAUCAUUCAUGCAGAAAAUACAGGUCAGGAAGUUUUUGGCAAUAUUGUCCCUCUCCAUGGACGGUGGAUAAAACUUCUGAAAAACUCUUACGAAUCAAACAGAGAUAUGUAAGCCAAGAAUGAUAUAAAACUUUGGCUUUAAUCAACCUAUAUAACCCAAACCACCUGUAAACAAAAUCAGAGCAAGCUUUAUUUUCGCCCCCGUUAACACUGCAUGGUGUCUGUAGCUUAAUUCCAAUGCCUAUGGACUCGAGCUGCAAGCCCAUAGUAUUUUCUACUGCUGUACAACUGAAAUAUAACCACAUGACCAAGAAGUACCGUAUAGUAGACUUUUGUCUACUAUGCAGAAGAAGUAGCAUAAUAAUACCCCUGAAAGCUGACAGAACAGCAACAAUAGUGGCUUAUAGGAAGCUUCAAGCCGUCCCCGCUCUUCAACAAGCCACAUUGAUAUAUUAUCACCUAUUCAUCCAGUUUCUGCGUGCGGCUAUACCCACCUCACAUGACUCCACGGCGGGGCAGGAUGCCCACUGGGUAUACAAACUGGUCAUAGUCCUAAAAUUUACCUGAGAGUAAAUUUUAGACGAGGACAGGAAGCCGGAGGCUUGUUAAAGUAUCCCCAAUUUGCCCUGAAUUGACCUUGACAAAAUGUCAAGCCAAUUUAAAUUACAAACUAUAACUUGAAGCUUAUUCUAUGAAAUCACAAAACCAAGAAUUGGCACGCAAAAUAGAACACCUUCAAAUUAGAGUUAACACAUUCAAAGAAGAUUUUUCGUUUAAAUCCAGUGAAGCCAGCAUCAAACGUGCCCACGAAAAUCGAAAAUCAACUAAAUUUCAUCUAUAUCCAUCAAAGUAAAGGUCAAGAUGAACUUAAUUCGCAAAAGUUACGAGACUGAAUGAUGGAGUUUACGUCUGCAUUCCCUCAAGAUACUGGAGAUGACUACUCUAUCAUAAAAAUACCGAAAACUGGGAAACACGCAUGGUAUAACAAUAGAGAGAAAUAGAUAUAACAAUGACCAGACUGAGGCUGGGACACACCACACUAGCAGGAUACAGCUUUAAACAUAGUUUGGCAGUUAUAAAUAAACUUUGCAACCACAGCCAUGUUGCAAAAUUUACUUCCUUCACUAUGUAAUCGCAUGUAAAAAAAAAUCCUGGAAUUCAGAGAUAACUCUAUAAAUGGGGCUCAAGAAAUUAAAAACUUCAUUUUAAAUGUUGCACUACCAGAAAUCUUAGUAAAGUAUCCAAAGUUUACUUUCUGUAGGUAUUUGUAUGCUGUAAACUUGCCGCCCAGUUCGAUGGGUGUUGAACAGGAUUAGUAACUGAGUGACUAACUGGCUCACGGCAGAUGUUUAAACUGCCUAGUAUAUAAACUUGUGGGCCACUUACUGAACCACUUUACAUAUACAAAUACUUUUGAUAUAUAAUAAUUAAUACGCAUGUGUAUAUGUGUGUAUUAAAAAUUGUAAAACUAGCUUUACAAGGUUCCCAGUGGGCACUGUUGCUUGUAAGCGAGCGACGCUAAAUACUGUUUACUAUGUAACGUCGGUCGCUUUUGACCAACGGUGACCACUGAGGGGUUACUUGCUCCGCUAAAUGAACUGUGGUGUUCAGUUCCUGAACCCUUAAUGUCCCUCUAACCCAUUUUCUCCACAACCCACGGGAUGGGUAUUGGGUGCAUAAUACAUGACAACACUAAUAACUAACACUGUCCCAGACAUCAUGUAUCAUGUGCCAGAAUUAAUUUCAAACAUGUACUUAUAUCCGCCCUCAAAAUGCCUCAAAGUACAUCUAAUAGGGGCGAGGAGAUCUCUCACUACAUAUAAAAUAUCAAGCAGCCAGAGCAUUGCUAAAUAUCUCCAGUCAACCAAAAAAUUAGGCCACAUCGGGUUCGUUAUCAACUCACAAUCGGGAAUCCCAGGCAAGACAAAUGGUUGGACACGUUUCCUAUCUCCAAUACUAGCUGUCCACCUAGCAGUAAAUAGGUAUCUAGGAGUUAGUCAGCUUGUUGGGGGGUUGCAUCCUGGGAAGGGUCACUGAUUCUACCUUGUCGGGACCCCGAUAUAGUAUGUAUAUAUAUAUACACUGGCUGCCUGUCCCCUGACACGGUGACAUUAUUAAUAACUAGUUUUUGUUAUUUCUUGAACAUUCUCAUAUAUGUUUGCUUAUUUCUCUUUUAGUUGUAAGUAUUUACCCAUUAUACCUAUAAAUAACUUUUUGUCUAAAUUAUUCUAAGUUUUACCCGAAACGUUUUUCGUCGUAGUGGCUUAAAUUUGAUAUGUAACCCCUGUACCUACAGUUGUCCCUCAUAAUGUACUCUUGCCUAAAUAAACAUUAUCAUUAUCAUUA